UUAUCGCGUGAACAAUUAUUAUUGUUAUUAUUGUUGUUGGAUCAUCGAGAAACGUUCGACGUCUUCCAGUUUCGAAGGAUUAAGAAAAAGAAGAAGAACAGCCGAAAUAGUAAAUUAGGAAAGAAGGAACAGAAGAUAGUAGUAGUGAAGAAAAAGAAAUUAGAAGAAGAAUUACGUUUUUAUGAUCGAAAGGAACUGAAUAUCGAAGCUAACAAAUGCUCGGGAUCGUUUGAAAUUCAACCGGACGAGGUGGGAGGUAGUACGACGGUUGUAGCAGAGGGUGUAAUAGGCGGCAUAAGGGGCCCAGGCGGCGGGUGCCGCGCAUCCUCGAUGACUAUGGCCGAGAGCGCCGUGGAGGACGCCGCAGCCGCGCCCCCGGGUCCGGCAAAGCCGCCCCCGCCCUCCUGUACGAACAAUAAUACCCUGGCGGCGACGGCUAAUAGGAAUCAUAGGAUUCCAAGAAAGAGGAAACGACUGGCCCAAGUACUCGACAUAUUGCAAGCCCAUCGGAGUUCGCCGUCGGAGGGGGAGGUUUUGAGGUUCGAGGGCAACGGGCCAGCAUCCGAGGAAGAGGAGGACGUGUUCAGUUCACCGAGGUCGUCUUCGAGGUCGGCCGUUGACAGUCCGUCAGCUUUGAACAUUCAACCUUUGAGGCUUAAGGACGAGGAUUCUCCCGUAACGCCAACGGGAGGGGAGGAGGAGGAGGAGGAAGAAAAUCCGAUGUCCAGUUCGACGACGACGACGAGUACAAUUACGACAACUGCAACUGCAUCUACCACGACGGCGAUUACGACGACAACAACUACAACGGUUGGCGAAGGAGGAGGAGGGGAGGAUCAACGAAAUCAUCAUCAUCAUCACAACCACCAUCACCAUCACAAUCAUCAUCAUCAUCAUCACAGGAGCCGUCAUCAUAACAAUCGGAACUUACCGUACAAUAAUAAAACACGGCAGAACCCGAAUCAAAAAUCGUCCGCGUCGAAUCGUUCCUCUUCAACAACGGGCAAGCCGAACAACGGUGCUUGUGCUUGCGCGCAGUGCAGUCAGUCCCCUAAUUCGAUGUUGCAUUCACCGACGUCGCCGUUAACGCCAUUGACUCCGUUGACCCCGCUGACACCAUUGUCCCUACCACCGCUAACGCCGUACAGCUUCGAACAGUACAUGCACACCAAAUACCUGCCGGAUAUAUUUCGCGGACGCAGUCAUUCGGACACCGAUGUGUUGUCCAGCUGGGAACAGAGGAUACCACCUGCCUCGACGUCCUCCUCGAUGUCAUUGAUGGUAAAUCAAAAUCAUCCGCUGCGCGGCAGCUCGUUGGAGUGCGAAACGACGAUGACGAUGACGACGACGACGAUGGGGACAACGACGACGAGCACGACGACGACGACAAGUCCGCAGGAGUUACCGUUGGACCUUUCGAUGAAAAAUUUAAUGGCGUCGGCGGCGGCCGCUGCAGCAGCAGCCGCGGCAGCAGCAGCAGCAGCAGCAGCAGCGGGGGGCAACAGACCUCCGGCACUUCGACUAUUACCGGCUGGCAUAGUGACGAGGGGCUCCGUGAGUGUCCCAGUCGUCAGAGGUGACGUCGCAUCACCGACGACUAAGGAGAGCGUUGCCGUGAGAUACAACCUUGAAGUUUCACCGGUUGUCGAGGAGAUGCCGCCCGGUGCCGAUUUAGCUUAUGUCUGUCCGGAAUGCGGACAGAUGUUUAGCCUUCACGACAGGCUCGCCAAACACAUGGCCUCGAGGCAUCGCAAACAGGGCCCACACGACGCCUCGGCAAAGGCAUAUCUCUGCGACGUAUGCCAAAGGAGCUUCGCUAGGUCUGAUAUGUUGACGAGACACAUGAGGUUGCAUACAGGUGUAAAGCCGUACACGUGCAAAGUAUGCAACCAGGUGUUCAGUAGGUCAGAUCACCUAAGCACUCAUCAGCGAACACACACUGGCGAGAAACCCUACAAAUGUCCAGACUGUACCUACGCGGCAUGUCGCAGGGACAUGAUCACUAGGCAUCAGAGGACCCACAAUAAGUUCCUUGAAAGCCAAGGAAGAGCUUCGGGAGCUAGCGGCCCGACCAAAACCGAACCUGGUUCGCUACCAUCCGAUGGAGCCAGUAGUCCUACUUCUUAUGGACAACCCAUGCCAUCGUCUCCUUCCUCCACUGGGCCCCCCAUCAAAACCGAAUGACGACGAGCCAUUGGACGACCUUGGUUUCUUUCAUCAUCAUCAUUACCUCGAGCUCCGAUUUCGCGAAGAACUCGCGGACGUACCUCCGUCCUCGCUGAUUCUUUUUCGACAACUUUUCGCGAACUCGAGCGUGGAACUUCGCGUCGUCGUAAUCAGCGCGAAUCUCGACGUUGAAAAUAACACAAAUGGAGAACACUCCUGUCUCGGACUGUAUUAUCCCUUAAUCCUUCAUCCCUUUUUUUCUUUCUUUCUUCCUUCCUUUUUCCUUUUCUUAAUUAUUCUUUUUCCUCGUACACGUUAUGAUCGCGUAUCGAAGGAAAAUUCUAACCUAACCUAAAAAAACUCUCUCGCUCUCUUUUUCUCUUCGAUCGAUCAUCAUACUAAUCCCCUAUAAGCGUAUUUCAAUCGAAAAUUUUUAAGCGUACUACUACAACACACGUGCCAAAACUCUUUUUCCUCGAUCCAAUUAGAUUAAUUGUUAUUCGGGGGAAAAAUUAUUAAUAUGUCCUUUAAUCUGAGAUUAAAUAAUUUGACAUAACCUAUAAGUAUAAGAAAACAUUCGUGAAGACACACUUUUUUUUUAUGCACAGCUAGCUGAUUAUUUAACGAAAAUUCGAGUGUUGUGCCAAAUUAGUACAGAAUUAAUCGAGAAAAUAAUUAUUUUCUCAAUCGUUCUCGAGAUUUAUUUAAUUCCUUUUCAAAUUCAACCGUUACAUUGUUCGAUACAGUAACGAAAAAAAAAACAUAUAUAUAUAUAUAUCUAUAUAAUAUAU